AUGAUUACUCACACCGCGCAACUCAUCUGACAGAUACUCCUAACCCCACUUUUUGGGGAAAUCAGCUGUUUACUGCGUUUGUAGGCGGAUAUAUCACAGUGCAAAGAUUUGUUUAUUGUUCAUUGUACUGGCUGUGGUAUUGGUGUAUAAGAAAUGAGUUUUCUUAACAUCAUGCACAACCUCUAGUGGACAGCUCAAGCGCACAUCCAACAACCAUCCACAUCGCAUGUCCUUGAAAAUUACACUUAACUUGCGACGAUUCAACGAGAAACUACGAAACAUCUUCAACAUGGAAGCGAGCGUCGCACAUCACAUAACCGACGACUACACUGAGGUCUACCGCAGCCUUCCCUUGAAGCUCCAACUUGCUUAUGGAGUAGGCCAUGUGCUCAAUGACGUUUGCGCCUCAAUGUGGUUCACUUACCUCUUGGUGUUUUUCCAUUUGGUGCUGGAAUUCAGCAACUGGCAGACUGGCUUCAUGCUAUUGGUUGGUCAAAUUGCAGAUGCCCUUGCCACGCCCUUUGUGGGUUACCACUCGGACGAAUCAGAUGGUUUCUGCUUUUGGAGAUACGGCAGACGAAAAAUCUGGCAUCUAGUGGGCGUCAUUUGCGUUCUAGGCACGUUCCCGUUCAUUUUUGCACCUUGUUUUGGGUGUGAAUAUAGCAGCAGAUCAGCCCAGAUGUUCUACUAUUGCAUGUUUAUAGUGAUAUUCCAGUUUGGAUGGGCUGCAGUGCAAAUAUCACACCUGUCCCUCAUACCCGAACUAACACCCAAUGAACACGACAGAACGAAAUUAACUGCCAUUAGGUAUUGUUUUACUGUAAUCUCAAAUGUGCUAGUCUACAUAAUCACGUGGAUAGUUCUCCAUAUGAACGAUGGAGAGACAAACAAAAUCGGACCUAGUGAUGGUCCCAAGUUCCAGCAUGUAGUGUGGAGUAUUCUAGCAUUAGGUGUAGUUUGUUCUAUUAUCUUCCAUGUCUAUGUGAAGGAAUGGGAUAACGACGUAAGCCAAAACGUAAGAGGAAGCCAACUUAGGACCAGCGUCAGAGAUCUUUUGCUGAGCUGCAGAGUGUAUCAGCCUUGCCUAAAAUCAAAGCACUAUUUGAUCCCACUAGGUAGCUGCGGUGUACAUGUCAUCCAGACUGUUCGUAAACCUAACUCAGGUUUUCAUCCCCCUGUAUCUCCACGAAACUCUCGAAAUGCCCGCCAGCGCUCUAGCAUCGGUUCCUCUGGUCAUGUUCCUCGGUAGUCUGGUGACGUCACUGUUCAUAGAGAAGAUCAACAGGUGCUGCGGUAGGAAGUUGACAUAUACAUUGGGGGCAUUGUUAGGCAUGGCAGCCUGUGUUUGGAUCAGAUUAGGCAGUGAACCCGAAUUACCUGUUGACUGGCCUCACCGGCUGUGCGUCUACUCCAUCGGCCUCCUUAUCGGCUCAGGUGGAUCCAUAAUCCUAGUCUCUAGCCUCGGGGUCACCACAGACCUCAUCGGCGAAAAAACUGACAGCGGGGCCUUCGUGUACGGUAUCAUGAGCUUCACCGACAAGAUCGCCAACGGAGUAGCGGUGGUACUGAUACAGUACGCACACUCGGAUGCCAAUGACAGGUUCUUCUACAGGGACGCUAUAGCUUUUGUAUGCGGAGGCUCAGCGUUGCUGGGGACAAUAGCCGUAUUGUCUUUGGUCAGGAGAGAGGCGCUUGGAGAGUACACCAGAGUGCCCGACUAUAACUCUAUUAAUACGUAGUCUUAAAUGCGAUUGGAGUAGGAUUUCGGGUAAUGCUGUCCAGUAAGAUAUAGAGUUCUUGAUUCUCGUUAUUUUCGAGUAUUCGUUACUAAUCGUUACUUUUCUAAGAUCAUUUAUUGUAUUCGUUACUUUGAUUACUAUGAGUAGUAUGAGUGUAACGAUUUGGCAACGUGCGUCGUGUACUUAAUGUCGAAUUUGAACAACUUCAAUGGAACGACUAUGUUAUGGUAAGUUGUCUUGUAGGAAAAUAAACAACCUUAAGAUUUGCAAAAAGUGUUAAUCAUAAUUUAUUUGAAUCUGCCGUGCUUAAUGCAAAACGAGAUGGGUUAUUAUACACUACGCAAAAAAAUUAAGGGAGCAAGGAAAAAUCAAAUUUUUUGUCGAUUCUUAAAACGCUCUAUUUCUGUGGAAAAUGGCCUUACAUAGGCUUUAAAAAGGCAUUUUAGAGCUUUAAGAUUAUAGUUUUCAGGUUAAUUAGCCCAAAAAUGUUAGGUGCAACGGUUCUGAUGCAAUUCUAACAUAUAAAGCAAGGACAAAUUUUGCUUGAAUUUUUUUUCUGUUAAGCCAUCAUAUGGAUCAUAUUUGAUUGCAAUCUUUGAGGAUUUCUUUUUUGUUUCCUUAGUAUUGAUUUUAAAACAGUCAAAAGAAAAGUUACUUUUUGCCUUGUUUUUGAAAAUCGAUUUUUGGAGCUGCUAUUGAGAAGGCUAAUGUUUUUAGGUUUUUUUAUACCGAUCAAAUUUUGACCAAUCGGUCCGAAGAAUCCAUACAAUAUAUCGAUCUGCCGUCAUGUAGAGUUAUUAGAGGUACAUUGAUAUAUAAAAAAUGCGGUAAAUUUUCCAAAACAAAGCUUUUUGACUUUUUUAAAAUCAGAACUACGGAAAUAAAAAAAAUUGCCUCAAAGAUUGCAAUUAAAUCUUAUAGGAGGUUUUCGGAAAUACUUUUACAUUCUCUGUGCGAUCACUGCUCACCGAGGUAUCAGUGGUUAGUAACUAAUUCAUUUUUCAUUUCAUUCAUUCAAAAAAGUUUUAAGCCCUUGGACUAAAAAGAAGGCCAAAAUUUUGUGAAAACAUUUUUAUAGCGUUAUCUAUUAGAAUUGCAUAAGAAUAAAGGCUAAAAAUCUAAAAACUAGAACCCUAAAGCUUCAAAAAGUCUAGAUACAACUAUUUUUCACCGAAGUACAACCUGGCAAAUAUUACUGGGAAUGUAGGGUCUCUGGCAACACUGAUGCAUGAGCGGCAGUGCUAUAGUGAUACCUAAUAUGGCAGAAACCAACGCUGGCGCUCAACUAUCAACGAUUGUCGCGUACGGGUACGGAAAGCGAAGUAUGUAAUCAUCUAUGAGUAACGAGUUCUCGAGUAACGAAUAGUUACUUUUUCAACACCUCUAGUAAGAUAAGGACGAUAAAGUGUGUAUUAAUAGUAUGAAGGUGGAAAAUCCUCGACCCAACAGAACUGAAAAUUAUUUAGGUGGGACUAGAGCAUAAAACUUUUUCGCAAAUAUUAGGAUAAACAACACGCUUAAUUCCAACAAAAUCGGUAUGACAUGUAUGUCAGCCUUUCUUCCAACUAAUAAAUUAUACUAAAUAGAGGAGAACAUUCCUUUUCUCUAAUCUCAUUUAAAUGAAAUAUAAAAAUUAUUUAUGUGAUAAAAUAUAUUAUAAACAAAAUAUGUCAAAUUAAUAUUACCUCCAAAAAUCGAAUAAUAUGUCAAAAUGUUUUUGAACUCAAUUCCUUUAAUUCUGCUUUAAAAAACAUUUUAGAUGGAAUUGGUGAUGUCGGUGUUAUAACAAAGCUGUGAUCAAUGUAAAGCCGAAAUCAUCUAAAAAGAUACAGGUUCUUAUAUUAUCUAAGGUCGAGGAUUUUCAUCUAAAAAGUGCAAUAUCUAACAGAAUCUCCAUUUAUAUAGUUUUAUGUUGCAUCUCGUUUUGACGUUUAUAGAAAAAUAUGCCACAAUACUAUGUAAGCAAUAUACAAAAAUUUAUGUAUGCGAAACUUUAAAGAUGAUGAUGCAUCACUAGAACAUUUUUGGUUCCAUAUUGUACCCAUAUUAGACUCAAAAAUAUAAAAUGCAUAUGUACUUUACUGUGUACAAAUGUAUGCUUUAUAACAGUUACACAUCAUUUUUUCUGUGAUCAUGCAAGGAUUAUGGAUUUUUUUAUAUAUAAAUUAGCUUUACAAUACUACUGUAUAUUUUAUGAGAAUUGAUGUUAUUUUGUUGGAAUGUUUUACACAUUUACUGUAUAUUUUGAAUAUGUUUAAUAAACGUGAC